AUGUGUGGGCCGAACCUUCACCCACUUUGUCUCUUCAACACAGUACUCACAAUGGCCCCAACAUUCGUAGUCGAACACCUGGAUCCCGAACUGGGUCCCUGGUCAACUCUGGAAUAUGCCUGCAUCGCGCGCGAAUCCCACGCCCGCGGCGCUCGCUUCCUGCUGAGUUCCGUCCCCGCCGAACUGAAGAUGCCCGCCGAUCUGGCCGCCACCAAGGGAUUGGAGGUUGAGCAGCGCAGUGUCGAGGAGAUCUUUGCCGAUCGCAAAGAAAAGGUCUGUCUGCUGGAUCCGUCUGCGCAGACUGAGUUGAACCCUCAGGAUGGAGAGACUUUUGAUGUCUUUCUCUUCGGUGGAAUCUUGGAUCGUACUUCGGAACUGAGGAAGAAGGGCUACGUUGGUCGCCGAUUGGGUCCUAAGCAGAUGACCACUGAUACUGCUGUGCGCGUAACCCGCAUGGUGGUUCACGAGAAGGUCCCUCUGGAGGAGGUUCCCUACCUGGACUACCCGGAGAUCUUGAUCAACGAGCAUGAGCGCACUGAGAUGCCUUUCCGUUACGUGAAGGAUGCCGAUGGCAACCCCAUCAUGCCCGAUGGAAUGGUGGAUCUGAUCAAGAACGACGCCGACAAGUCCCUUGACGACUUGAUCUAA